AUGGAGACAAAGAUCGCCGACAAGCUACUCCUCACGGGGGAUUUAUGCAUUUCCGCAAUGGCUGUUGGCCUCUUCUGGUCGGCAUCUUCCGGAAACUUCCGAGAGAAGCUCUGGGAGCAUGGAGGUAUCAAGGGCUGGAAUUCGAACCCGAACCUUCGGAUAUACUUCUACGCGAACUACGAAGAACCGCCCGAGAUCCCGUUGAUCUGGUCACAGAGUCUCACCGACGCCAUGCUCGCCGUUGCUCUGCUAUCCCUGGUCCUCCUGGCAGCCCGGGUGACCUUGGCAUAUUUUGGUCAUAUGUCUCGGACGGUCUCGCUGAUCUACGACGCCUUGCUCGUCUUUUUCUGGCUCCACAGUAUCGAGUCUCAGGCUUCGGGCGACUUCUCGGACCCCGAGCACCCGAGCCCUCGUCCGUGGUACCUGACGCACCACUGUCGGGGCCAGGUGGUGACGGCGUGCCGGGUUGCCCAGGCCAACUUUGCAAUAUCGAUCCUCGCGGCGCUCUUUUACGGCGUAAGGCUUCUGGCCACGGCCGCGGGGGCUGUGGAAGCCUAUCGGGAGUAUCGAAAGGGCGGGUAUCGACUUGAUCCGGUGGACCUGGACCUCACGAAUGGCGAAGAUUGGGCUUCCCAAGGGGCCUGUUCAGAGAGGGAAGGAAAGCGGCAAAUGUAUCGGGAUUACCUUAGCCCCGUGCUUGCUUUCUUCCCAGAAGACCAUAGAUAG